AAAAUUGAUUGCCAGCUCUACACUGUAAGCGAUCUUACGAUUAAUGUAGACCACGCCAUCUGAGUUGCUAUGGUAUCACGUUUCGUUAUAUAUCAACUUCUAUGGUGGCUUACAAGUCAUACCUUGACUCAGACGUUACUCCUGUUGCAUAUGUUGGUACGCUCUUGUUAUUUGUUCGUAUAUUAAACGGACUGGAUCGAUUGACCCUCUCUUCUAAACCAAGGAACAUUGGAGGUCUGCUGAUAUCAUACUGGAUCUGUCGACUCAACAAGCUUCUUCUAGUUUUGAGUUGCGGUGUAACUUUAUGCAUGCUUUUAAUUUGGUGAUGCGCCCGUUACUUAACUCGAUAUA